UUCAGCUCUCAUCGCUGCAGUUCGCUUCACUGGGCUACAACGUCCCAGAUAAGUACUUCAUAAAUUGUGGGUCAGACAACAGUGUCACCGAAAGUGGAAAGGUCUACGUUGGUGAAUCAACACCUCAAGCCACUUUUAGCAGCAGUAACACAGAAAGGAACCAGUCAUCGGUACCUUCUCCUCUUUACCAAACAGCAAGGAUUUUUCGUAGGGAUUCUUGGUAUAAGUUCAACAUCGAUAAUAAUGGCACCUACCUGGUACGCCUCCAUUUCUUCCCUUUCUCUUCUCCCACUAAUCUUUCCUCUGCCAGGUUCAACGUUUCAGUUCCUGGCUUUUGGUUGUUGCAAAAUUUUAAUGGUAGAAAUGAUACCAAUAACAACUCUGCUUUAGUAAAAGAGUUUUUCAUGGAAAUCAGUACCCCCAGCAUAAAAUUAACUUUCAGACCUCUGGAAUCAUCUUUUGCGUUUGUUAAUGCCUUAGAACUGUUCGUACUACCCCUCCAUCUGAUAUCCGACAAGGUGAGGCGUUUCACUCCUACUUGGGGUUCAUCUUCCGACAGGGUAGGUUUGUACUCUCGGGUGUUGGAGACCAAACACAGGCUUAAUGUUGGUGGCCAGACAAUGAAAGAUAUCCUAUUGAGAAACUGGAUUCCAGAUGAUAUAUAUCUCACUUAUCCGGAAAACGCCAAGAAUCGUUCUCCUUACCUGGGUCAAAUUGUUCCCCGUGUAGUUGAUGACUCCGAUGGUCCAAACGCAACUAGUUAUACUGCGCCAUCUGAGGUGUACGGAACUGCUAAAGAGUCUAACAUCUCUGCCAGUGCCGAAGACCUUAGCCUUUUCAACAUAACAUGGGCUCUUCCCGUGGACAACAACACAGAUCAUUUCCUUCGUCUUCACUUCUGUGACUAUGUCAGUUCACAAUUUGGCCUUACAUACUUCGAACUUUCCAUUUAUGACUUCCAUGUCAUGCAGGUAAAUAGUGACGGAAAUGUGUCUAACGUGUCGCCUGCCCCUUAUUAUUAUGAUUUCAUGGUGAACUCUGACAACUCUGGACAUAUUAAGGUCAGCCUAACACCUAAUGGAACCGCUCCCGUACCAAAUACCUUUUUAAACGGGCUGGAAAUAAUGAAAGUGAUUGAAUCAUCAAAUUCUGUCCCCCCUGACGAACCCGGUUCCAAGCAUAAUGGUCUUCCCGUGUUGCUGGGUUCCGUUCUCGGUGGUUUAGUCUUGGUUGUUGUUGUGGUGCUACUUGGCUUUCUUUGGCGUUCCAAAAUGAGGAAGGAAAAGCCCGUUGAGAAUUCGGACUGGUUGACAAUUGUGUUUAAUGCUGCACGAAGUUCUCACGGCAGAUUGACUGAUAUAACUAAUCACGGCUCUCCCCUUCCCAACCUAAACCUAGAGCUCAAAAUUCCAUUAGUUGAUCUUCAACUGGCAACAAAGAACUUCCACGCAAGCCAGCUAAUUGGCAAGGGUGGUUUUGGCAACGUCUACAAGGGAGUUCUCAAGAAUGGCAUGACGGUGGCUGUGAAAAGAAGCCAGCCAGGGUCAGGUCAAGGCCUUCCAGAAUUUCAGACAGAGAUCAUGGUUUUGUCUAAGAUUCGCCACAAGCACCUUGUUUCCUUAAUUGGGUAUUGUGAUGAGAGGUUCGAGAUGAUUCUGGUCUAUGAAUACAUGGAAAAAGGGACACUCAGGGAUCAUUUGUAUAAAACAAAGUUGCCAAGUCUGCCCUGGAAGGUGAGGCUUCAAAUUUGCAUUGAUUCUGCCAGGGGUCUUCAUUACCUUCACAAAGGAGCAGCUGGGGGAAUCAUUCACCGUGAUGUUAAGUCCACAAACAUAUUGCUUGAUGAGAACCAUGUUGCUAAGGUUGCUGAUUUUGGUCUUUCAAGGUCAGGUCCUGCUGAUACUCAACCUCAUGUCACCACUGGUGUUAAAGGCACUUUUGGGUAUCUUGAUCCUGAGUAUNUAAUUCUGAAAUUUGUGGCAACACUUUUCCAUUUCCAUUUUCAUCCGUUGUACAUAAAUAAACUUUCAGAAUACAAAUAA